GGUCUAAUACAAAUUACAAUAUUUGUUCAAAUUCCUUUUUCUCUCUCUCAGGUUUCUCUUUUUUCUUCCAGUAUCAUCAAUCUCAAUCUCAAUCUCAAUCUCCAUAACUCUCAAUUGUGAUGCAAAUGUCUCCAUUUCCUUCAGAAAAUGGCGUCGAUGGUGAUGAUGAAAGGGAUGAGGAAGAAGAAGAAGAAGAAGACGAUGUAUCAGAAGAAGAAGAAGAAGAUGAGCCGAAAUUAAAGUACCAAAGAAUGGGAGGAAGUUUAUCUUCAUUGUUAUCUACUGAUGCCGCUACUUGUAUUGCUGUUUCUGAACGUAUGAUCGCGCUUGGUACUCUCUCUGGUUCUCUUCACCUUCUCGAUUUUCUCGGCAAUCAGGUGAAAGAAAUCCGUGCUCACAAGGCUGCAGUAAAUGACCUCAGCUUUGACAUAGAUGGCGAAUUUUUAGGAAGUUGCUCAGAUGAUGGAUCAGUUGUUAUAAGCAGUCUCUUCACUGAUGAAAAACGCAAAUUUGAGUAUCAUAGACCAAUGAAGGCAAUAGCUCUUGAUCCUGAUUAUGCAAGAAAGUCGUUAAGAAGAUUCGUGGCUGGUGGAUUAGCUGGUCAAUUAGUAUUUUACACCAAGAAGUGGUUUGGAUAUCAAGAGCAGGUACUGCACUCCGGUGAGGGUCCAAUACAUGCAGUGGCAUGGAGGACGAGUCUCAUUUCUUGGGCUAAUGAUCUUGGUGUGAAGGUUUAUGAUGCUGCGAGUGACCAGCGUGUGACUUUUAUUGAGAGACCACGAGGAAGUCCACACCCUGAGCUCUUGCUUCCACACUUGGUGUGGCAGGAUGAUACACUUCUGAUUAUUGGCUGGGGCACAUCUGUAAAAAUUGCUUCACUAAAAGGCUUUCAGCAUGGAGGAGUCAAUGGAUCAUAUAAGCCUGUUCCGAUGUCAAACAUGAGGCAGGUGGAUAUUGUUGCCUCGUUCCAGACAAACUAUUACAUUUCAGGUGUUGCUCCAUUUGGUGACUGUUUGGCUAUUCUUGCCUAUAUCCCUGGAGACGAAGAUGGAGAAAAGGAUUUUAGUAGUACAACUCCAUUGCGGCAGGCUAAUGCACAAAGACCAGAAGUACGCAUUGUUACAUGGACUAAUGAUGAGCUAGCAACUGAUGCUUUACCUGUCAAUGGUUUUGAACAUUACAAAGCAAAAGAUUAUUCUCUUUCCCACACUCCCCUCUCAGGAAGUAACUAUAACAAUGGUCGAUGGGCAGUAGGUGAUGAACCUCUAUAUUAUGUGGUAUCCCCAAAAGACAUUGUAAUUGCUAAACCAAGGGAUGCUGAAGAUCACAUCAAUUGGCUUCUUGAACAUGGAUGGUAUGACAAAGCUCUAGCUGAAGUUGAAGCAACACAGGGACGGAAAGAACUUUUUGAAGAGGUGGGAUCAAGGUAUCUUGAACAUUUACUUGCUGAGAAAAGAUUUGAUGAAGCUGCGGCUUUGUGUCCCAAACUGCUCCGGGGGUCUGCUUCUGCAUGGGAAAGAUGGAUUAUCCAUUUUGCUCAGCUUCGUCAACUGCCAGUUUUAUCCCGUUACUUGCCAACAGAGAACCCUAAACUCAGUGAUGCUUUAUACGAGCUUGCACUUGUGGCUCUUGCAACAAAUCCUGUAUACCACAAGGAUUUCUUAUCAGCGGUGAAGUCUUGGCCACGGUCAGUUUAUUCUCCCAUGACAGUCUUGUCAGAGAUAGAGCCCCAGCUCAGAGCUUCUUUGAUGACUGACGAUCUGAAAGACGCACUGGCAGAGUUAUAUGUGAGAACUGGGCAAAAUGAGAAAGCAUUUUCAUUCUUUGCUGAUCUUUUGAAACCUGAUGUUUUUGACUUCAUUGAGAGGCAUAAUCUGCAUGCUGCUGUUCGUGAAAAGGUUGUCCAGCUGAUGAUGCUUGAUACCAAACGUGCCACCUCCUUGCUGACACAGCAAAGGGAUUUGAUUACCCCAUAUGAUGUAGUGUCGCAGCUUUCAAAGGCUGGUGAUAAAUGUGAUUUCAGAUACUUUUUGUAUCUGUAUUUGCAUACUUUGUUCGAGGCCAGCCCCCAUGCAGGAAGGGAUUUUCAUGACAUGCAGGUGGAGCUAUGUGCAGAUUAUGAUUUAAAGAUGCUACUUCCUUUUCUUCGUAGCAGUCAACAUUAUACUCUGGAGAAGGCAUAUGAAAUUUGUGUGAGAAAAGGCCUAGUGAAAGAGCAAGCAUUCAUUCUUGGAAGAAUGGGAAAUGCAAAACAAGCCCUUGGUGUUAUCAUUAAUGAAUUAGGUGAUAUAAAAGAGGCUUUAGAAUUUGCAAGUAUGCAGAAUGAUGAUGAAAUAUGGGAAGAAUUGAUCAAGCAAUCUACCCAAAGGCCUGAAAUGGUUGGGAUGUUGCUGGAGCACACUGUUGGCAACCUUGAUCCUCUUCAUAUUGUAAAUGUUGUUCCUGAUGGACUGGAGAUACCUCGGCUUAGGGAUCGUUUGGUCAAAAUCAUUACCGACUAUAGGACAGAAACUUCACUUAGACAUGGUUGUAAUGAUAUCUUAAAGGCCGAUAUAGUCAAUCUUUUGGUUAAAUAUUACAAGGAAGCAAGACAUGCGAUUUAUUUAAGCAACGAAGAAGAUGAAGCAAGAACAAAGAGAGAUGAUAAGAGGAUGGCAGAUUCCCUAACAAAAGCACCAAGUCUGAGAAACAUGGACUUGAAGUCCAAGACUCGGGCUGGAGGCAGAUGUUGCAUGUGUUUUGAUCCUUUUUCUAUCCAAAGUGUAUCGGUUGUCAUUUUCUUUUGUUGCCAUGCUUACCACAUGACUUGUUACAAAGAUUCACUCAACACGUUUAAUGAUGAGAAAGAAGCUCGGAAUGGUUCUCUUGAUUUCGGGUAUGAUGAUUAUGAUGAUGAUGAAGAGAACGAUGAAAGUCAAUCGGAUUCCUUGCGAAUGAGGUGUAUUUUGUGUACUAAUGCAGCAAGAUGACUCCGAUGUUGGACGAGGUGUUUUUGUUGUAUCUUUUAUAAUCUUUUUCUUGUUUUUAUGUCUUCUCAUUGGUUGAUAGAUUCAUUUUUCGAGCGAGAAAGAGAGAAUUGUUCACUUGCUUGUUGUGCCGCUCUUGUGAAGGCAAGGUUUUUGGUCAUCCAGCUUGAAUGUAUAUUGUCAAAUAUUAUUAAUGGCAUCAAUUAUUGUAGUGAUCUUGUUUGAUCAUCUUCAAAUUUGUGAAGGUGAAAUAAA